CGCUUGCACUCCGCUCCCUCGCACUUUCCCAUCGCCCCUCAUCGCGUUUCUACUACAUUGCAAACAGACCUCUCCUAACUCUCUUCCUGCAGCAGUGUAGGAUAAUUCGCUUAGUGCGCCGCCCGAAGCUCGCACUCGCUUGCUCUUCCGCUCCCCCCUCUCGCGGGACUCAGCACUCCAGAGCUUCUUCCUUCGCCCUUCCCGAGCCUCAAUCGAUACUCGCCUCUCUACGGUCGCGACCGCGCCCACGUGAAAGCUUUCGCUGUACUAUAUACAUACCGUCGCCGACUUCAAGAUGGCAACCGCCGCCGAGCUCCCUGUCAAUGGCAGCUACGCGCAGCAGGGCUACGAUGGCAGCAACUACGCCAACAAUGCCCCCUCAUACUCGGCAUCUGCUUCCCAGCCCGCCCAGAGCUCCAACACAGCGGCCUCCGAGAUCCCCAAGGACGAGGUUGGCUGGUACUUUGUCGAGCAGUACUACACCACCCUGAGCAGGAGCCCAGACAAGCUCUAUCUCUUUUACAACAAGCGCUCGCAAUUCGUCUCUGGCAAUGAGGAAGACAAGGUCAAUGUUUGCGUGGGCCAGAAGGCUAUCAAUGACCGCAUCAAGGAUCUUGACUUCCAUGACACCAAGGUCCGCGUUACGAACGUCGAUUCCCAGGGCUCCGAUGCCAACAUCGUCAUCCAAGUCAUUGGUGAGAUCUCAAACAAGGGCCACCCGCACAAGCGCUUUGCGCAGACCUUCGUCCUCGCCGAGCAGACCAACGGCUAUUUCGUUCUGAACGACAUCUUCCGCUACCUCGCCGAGGAGCCGGAGGAUGAGGAGGAUAUUCAGCACGACGCCUCUGCUCCCGCUGCCGGCGUCCAGGAGCCUGCACCUACUGCUGCUGCACCCGAGAACGCUGGCCUGAACCAGAGCGACGAGAUCGCGACCACCGAGGAGGAUUUGAACAAGGUUGACCAAAAGCUUGAGACCGCCAAGGAGGAGCCAGCGCAGGAGGCUCCCGCUACCGCCACAAACGGUACGCCAGCUGCCGAGGAGGUUGCUGAGGCCGAGGACGCCCCUGCUGCCGCUGUGUCUGCGAGCGAAGAAGCUCCCAGCAAGGAGCCCGAGGCAGCUGUCGAAGUGGAGGUUGCUCAGCCAGAGAAGCCUAAGGACCCUGCUCCCACGCCUGCCCCCAAGGCUGCCGCUCCCGCUGCUCCGGCUAAGCCCGCAGUCCCCAAGUCCUGGGCUGCUCUUGCCGCGUCCGCCCACAAGGUCGCUACUCCGGUCAUGCCGGCUGCGGCAACAUCCCAGGCGCCAUCCCAGGCCAAGUCCACGACAUCGACCCCUGCCCCGCAGGCUGCGCCCGAGAAGACUCCCGCUCCCGCCCGUGAGUCCUCGCCGACCAACAGCCAGGGCGACGCUGCCGGCUGGCAAUCCGUUGGCACGAAGAAAGAGCAAUCGCGUGGCCAGCAGGCUCAGGCACCGCAGGAGGCUGACCAGAGGCGCGCCUACAUCAAGAACGUCUACAGCCAGGUUGAGGAGGGUGCCUUGAAAGCAGCUUUGACCAAGUUUGGUGAGAUCGAGCACCUCGACAUCAGCCGCCAGAAGAACUGCGCAUUUGUUGAUUUCAAGACGGCUGCCGCCUUCCAGGCUGCUGUCAACGCCAACCCUCACACCGUGAACGGUCUGGAAAUCAAGGUGGAGGAGCGCAAACUCCGUCCCCAGCAGGGCUUCAAUACCAACUUCCGAGGUGGACCCGGUGGUCGCGGCCGCGGUUUCCCUGGCCAGUCUCGCGGAGGCUUCCAACGCGGCGGUCGCGGCGGCUCUGUUCGUGGCCGUGGUGGUGCUCCUCAGGAGUCUUAGAGAGCCCACCUUCUUCCACCUUUCGCUUCCACACAUCUUACCCCGGCAGAACCUCUGGACUAUCAGAUAUGGCCUAUCUUAUGACGACUGACGGCUCU